AUUAAAUUUAAAUUUGUGGUUCUACUAUGCCUCCCAUUUCAAUGAGUCCUUCUCUCGUUUAAUGAUGCUUCCCCACGCCGCCAAUCUUUCCAGUCAGGGACAUGAUGGAAAGCUCUUUGAAAAACAGAAUUUUCUCCCAAACCUCGACGCAAGGCGAAUUCGAAAAGCAAUAUUCAGGAGAACAAUCGAUUACAAUGCUCCGAUGCUGAAUUACCUAACAGAUAGGGUUUGGAUGAAAACUUGUUAUGAUAGGCCUCAUGUCCAGCCUGACUACGCAUACGGCCACAAAUUAUAUCCGUUGAGUGAGUGCAUAGACAGCCCGAUGAGCUGUGUAAUGUCCAAGCCGGUCAGAACUUCGAUGAACAAAAUAAAGUGCCCUAUUUACUGUGUUUGUUGGACUCCCGAAGGGCGACGCCUGAUCACUGGAGCUUACAGUGGAGAAUUUACGCUGUGGAAUGGACUCACAUUUAAUUUCGAAACGAUCUUGCAGGCGCAUGAGUCCCAAAUUCGGUGCAUGAAAUGGUCACAUAAUGAGGAGUGGCUACUAACGGCUGAUCAUUCAGGAUUUAUCAAAUAUUGGCAAGCCAACAUGAACAAUGUGGAGGUGUAUCAGGCACACAAGGAACCUAUUCGUGGCGUCAGGAGCUGCGAUGAUUCUAAAUAA